UUGCUGAUCGACCUGCACGCGCAUACCUAUCCGAAAUCGGACGACAGCUUCGUGUCAGCCGACGAACUGGUGGACGCCGCGCGGCAAUGCGGGAUGGACGGGAUUUGCCUGACGGAACACGACGAUUUCUGGCCGUGGGCCGCGGCGCAGGAGUUGUCGCGGCGGCACGGGAUCCUGGUGCUGCCGGGGGCUGAGAUCAACACGGACGCGGGGCACGUGCUGGUUUUCGGGCUGGACGAAUAUAAAUUCGGGAUGCACAAACCGGGGUUUCUGCGGGAAGAAGCGGACCGGCAUGGCGCCGUGCUCGUGGCGGCGCACCCGUACCGGCGGCGCUUCCUGGCGGAUCCGGGGCAAGACCCGGCGGCGCGAUCGGAGAUGCUGAAACGGGCGCUGGAUGACGAGAUGCUGCGGUUGUUUGAUGCCGUGGAAUCGCGCAACGGCCGGGGCAAGGAUUCAGAGAACCUCUUUUCCGACGAUCUGCGCGAGGGGCUACGACUACCGGGCACCGGCGGGAGCGAUACCCACUAUCUGCGUCAAAUGGGCACGGCGGCGACGCUGUUCGAGCGGCGGGUCACAUCGUUGGACGACCUGGUCGUGGAACUCAAGGCGGGCCGGAUGCGGGCGGUUGACCUGACGGCAGCCGCGCAGGAAUCGAAGGGGCGCGCCGGGUAG